AAAAUUUGUAAUUACUUUUGAUUUAUAUUUAACGACCGGCGAUCGAUGCAUCUGCAAGCAACGCCCCCAAAAGGAAAGAAGGGAAAAGCACUUACGUUGUGGUUUACGCAGCUCCACUUCCCCAGACGACGAGAGAGAGAGGGGAAAGGGCUUCUCCUUGCGUUGUUUGACCGAUGGAAUCGGAGAACAUCGAGUGCGUCUCGGUGUCGGAUGGGAUGGUGGAAGAGGAGGAGGUCGCCCAUGUUCCCCACCCCUUCUUGAAGCCUCGCGGCAACGGAAGCGGGACCGUCAGCGGCGGCGGCGUAGGAGGAGGGGGCGUUCCAGCGCCGGUGAUCAGCCCUGUGGCUAGGGUGCAUGAGUUACUGGAGUGCCCCGUCUGCACCAACUCGAUGUACCCUCCGAUCCAUCAGUGCCACAAUGGACACACUCUGUGUUCAACUUGUAAGUCCAGGGUGCAUAAUCGUUGCCCUACGUGUAGGCAAGAACUUGGGGAUAUCAGAUGUUUGGCAUUGGAGAAAGUGGCUGAGUCACUUGAGCUUCCUUGCCGAUAUUUGUCAUUGGGAUGCCCUGAAAUUUUUCCAUAUUACAGCAAGCUCAAGCAUGAAGCUCAAUGCAAUUUUAGGCCAUACAACUGCCCCUAUGCAGGUUCUGAAUGCUCUGUUGUCGGCGAUAUUCCUUUCCUAGUUGCCCAUUUAAGAGAUGAUCACAAGGUAGAUAUGCACAUUGGUUCCACAUUCAACCAUAGAUAUGUAAAGUCAAAUCCCAGAGAGGUUGAAAAUGCUACCUGGAUGUUGACUGUGUUUCACUGUUUCGGGCAGUAUUUCUGUUUGCACUUUGAGGCCUUUCAGCUGGGGAUGGCUCCAGUGUACAUGGCUUUCCUUCGUUUUAUGGGCGAUGAGAACGAAGCAAGGUACUAUAGCUACAGCCUUGAAGUUGGUUCAAAUGGCAGGAAAUUAAUAUGGGAAGGUAUCCCUCGGAGCAUUCGUGAUAGCCACCGAAAAGUCCGGGACAGCCAUGAUGGUCUCAUAAUCCAGAGAAACAUGGCACUCUUCUUCUCUGGCGGAGAUAGGAAGGAGCUGAAACUGCGGGUCACUGGUCGCAUAUGGAAGGAGCAGCAGAACCUUGAUGCCGGAGUGUCUACCCCUAAUCCCUGUAGCUGAUGGUUAGCAAAAAAAAAAAAAAA